GGCGGCGAUGCGGAGAGACUGAGAGGAUUUUGCUGCCGGGCUCGGGGAGCUGUUCAGUGAGGGUCGGCUGUCGCUUCACCCGCCAGUAUUCUCCAUCUCCCCCGCGCCGCCCCCACAUCCCCACACGGGUCAUGAAGAAAGUGGGUGGCUCGGAGAGGCAGUCGGUGAGCGGCAGCGGAACCCAAGUGAACGGGGUGACGAACGGUUACCAUGGCGGCGGCCGGAGUGAGGAGGAGGGCCGCCAGCGACCAGAGGCGCCUCCGGAGCCUGAGGGAGAGCAUCAGCAGGAGCAGAAGCCGUCACGGGCGGGUUACAUCCAGGAGCAGAGCCGAGCCUCGGCCCUGAGCAUCCCGCGGUGGGAUGCGGUCAAAAAGAACCGACCCCCCUUUCCGUGGUUUGGAAUUGACAUUGGUGGGACCUUGGUAAAGCUGGUUUAUUUUCAACCGAAUGACAUUACUAUUGAAGAGGAGCAUGAGGAAGUGAUUAACCUGAGAAGUAUACAGAAGUAUUUGACAUGCAAUGUAACUUAUGGCUCCUCUGGCAUCCGUGAUGUGCAUCUCCAACUCAAAGACUUGACGAUUUGUGGGCGUAAAGGGAACUUGCAUUUCAUACGGUUUCCUACCCAAAACAUGGGGGCCUUUAUUCAGAUGGGCAAGGAGAAACACUUUUCAAGUCUGCACACAGUAUUAUGUGCGACAGGAGGUGGUGCAUACAAAUUUGAGGAAGAUUUGCGCACAAUUGUUAAUCUCCAGCUUCGAAAACUGGAUGAGCUUCAUUGCCUUAUCCAAGGGAUGCUGCAUAUUGAUUCAUCAGGUUUUAAUGGGUCUGCAGACUGCUAUUACUUUGAGAAUCCAACAGAUCUGGAAAAAUGCAAGAAGGUGGCGUACCCUUUGGACAACCCAUAUCCACUGCUGCUGGUGAAUAUUGGCUCAGGAGUCAGCAUUUUGGCUGUGUAUUCUAAAGAUAAUUACAAGCGAGUAACUGGCACCAGUAUUGGAGGUGGAACCUUUCUUGGCCUGUGCUGUUUGCUCACUGGUUGCUCAACAUUUGACGAAGCCCUUGAGAUGGCAUCAAAUGGCGAGAGCACAAAAGUGGAUAAAUUAGUACGAGACAUCUAUGGAGGAGACUAUGAGCAGUUUGGACUGCCAGGUUGGGCUGUGGCAUCCAGUUUUGGCCACAUGAUGAGUAAAGAAAAGCAGGAAUUAGUCAGCAAAGAAGACUUGGCCAGAGCAACAUUAGUCACCAUCACAAACAACAUCGGCUCCAUAGCCAUGAUGUGUGCACUGAAUGAGAAUAUUAACAGGGUGGUGUUUGUGGGUAACUUUCUGAGGAUCAACACGUUGUCCAUGAGACUUCUGUCCAAUGCUAUGGACUAUUGGUCAAAGGGGCAGUUGAAGGCACUCUUUAUGGAACAUGAGUAUGUUUCCUUCUUGCAGGGUUACUUCGGAGCCGUGGGUGCCCUGCUUAAACUUUUCGACCCUGUCUGAAUUUCCGGAUGCUCUCUCAUUCCAUGGUACAGUGCUUGAUAGCCACAGUAUUGGCUGUUGGAAGAGAAGUGUGAAAAGAGAUUUAUUGUAAUCCAGACUAGCCUCAUAGAAUUACUGUGAAUUGUUAAAUCCAAAGGCAUUUUUAUAUAUAAAAAAUUGUGAACCACUUUCUAGGUGAAAUCUGCACUUUCUGUCACGAUUUUUCCAACUGAAAGCACCAAAGGCGGCAAUGUAGAAACCAAAUUUAAUGAACGUGUCUUCCUGUAAGAGGUGCUUUUUAUAUUACAUUUGUCAAGUCUCUGUUAAGAUUUGUUUCUAAACUUUAAUGGGUUAAAACUCAAUAAAAUUGGAAAUGCAGAUACUUGUGUGAAAGACUACUUGGAAAUCUAGCAAAGUUCCUUAAACCAUUUCACUUAGCUGUUGGAAUUUCUUUUGCAUUUCAGGUAAAAUUGUUAUUGGUUAAUGUUUAAGUUUACUUUAUGCUGUUAAAUAUGUGGUUGGUGAUAAAUAGGUAUUCAAAGUAUAAAAUUGACUUAAACUACUCAUGGUUUAUCAUGUACACCUUUGUUCCAAAUAUACUUUUCAUCCAUCCAUUCUGUUGACUGACAGUCUUCCUACUGCGUGAUUUUUCUUUUCGCUCCCCUCUCCCGUUAAAGAGACACUUGCUCCAUCAAUGCAGCCAGCAGGUACAUGUUAGUAGCUUGGGUUGACUAGAGUGACUAACAUUGGGACCCAGUCAUGUAAGGAAUUGAGGUCUCAAUUCGCUGUUCAAUACAGUCUGUUGGAACCCCAUGUGUUGCAUUACUUAUUAUAUGACCUGGGCUGCAUGUCUGCUUACAGUGCAGUGGAAUCUCCAUGCUAAUCAACCACAGAUGGUCCUAGAUUAAAUCGAAUGUAUUUCCCUUUUCCAUUUUGUACAUGAAUAUCCUUGUGUGACCUCCAGCGAUUCGUUUCACUUGCCUUCCAGUAAUUGACUCCAGAUGUCCAAUUGGUCUCCGGGUAAAUUUAAGUCAUUCUGAAAAAGUACUUAUCUUUUGCACAGGAAUAGAAUGUUUAAAGCAAGUUUUGAACUAGAAGACAAUGUAAUGAAUAAACUAUUUAUUACCUAUUUUAUUAUGAAUUUAUAAUGCACAUGUAAAAAUGCAAUAAAAUAUAUUUUGCUUAUUGGAG